AUGCAGCACAUUUUUGCUUUCUUCUGCACCGGUUUCCUAGGGACGGUGUUAGGGGCCAAUUUCCCCAACAACAUCCAGAUAGGGGGAUUAUUUCCUAAUCAGCAGUCCCAGGAGCAUGCGGCUUUUCGGUUCGCACUGUCUCAGCUCACAGAACCCCCGAAACUGCUUCCCCAGAUCGACAUUGUGAACAUCAGCGACAGCUUUGAGAUGACAUACACCUUCUGUUCACAGUUUUCCAAGGGCGUUUAUGCCAUCUUUGGGUUUUACGAAAGGAGGACCGUCAACAUGCUCACAUCCUUCUGCGGGGCCCUCCAUGUCUGCUUCAUCACGCCCAGCUUCCCCGUCGACACAUCCAACCAGUUUGUUCUCCAACUACGCCCAGAGCUCCAGGAGGCCCUCAUCAGUGUCAUCGAGCACUACAGCUGGCAGAAAUUCGUCUACAUUUACGAUGCCGAUCGGGGCUUGUCAGUCCUCCAGAGAGUGCUGGAUACGGCGGCGGAGAAGAACUGGCAGGUGACAGCCGUCAACAUCCUGACGACGACAGAGGAAGGCUACAGGAUGCUCUUCCAGGAGCUGGAGAAGAAGAAGGAAAGGCUGGUGGUGGUGGACUGCGAAUCCGAGAGGCUGAACGCCAUACUGGGCAAGAUCAUCAAGCUUGAAAAAAAUGGGAAUGGCUACCACUACAUCCUGGCGAACUUGGGAUUCAGGGACAUUGACCUAAUAAAAUUCAAAGAGAGUGGAGCCAAUCUGACUGGCUUUCAGUUGGUGAAUUAUACAGACACCAUCCCAGCCCGGAUCAUGCAGCAGUGGAAGAGCAAUGAUGCCAGGGAGCACCCUCGAGUUGACUGGAAGAAGCCAAAGUACACAUCUGCUCUUACUUACGAUGGAGUUCGGGUGAUGGCUGAGGCCUUCCAGAGCCUACGGAGGCAGCGGAUUGACAUCUCCCGUCGCGGAAACGCUGGGGAUUGCCUUGCAAAUCCGGCCGUUCCUUGGGGUCAAGGCAUUGACAUUCAGAGAGCUCUGCAGCAGGUGCAUUUUGAAGGAUUAACUGGAAAUGUUCAGUUUAACGAGAAAGGUCGUCGGACCAACUACACCCUUCAUGUGAUGGAAAUGAAACACGAUGGGAUCCGGAAGAUUGGCUACUGGAACGAAGAUGAAAAGUUUGUCCCAGCAGCCACAGAUGCACAAGGUGGCAACGAAUCCAUGAGUCUCCAGAACAAGACAUACAUAGUUACCACAAUUCUAGAAGACCCGUACGUGAUGCUCAAGAAGAACGCCAACCAGCUUGAAGGCAAUGACAGGUAUGAAGGCUACUGCGUGGAGCUUGCUGCUGAGAUCGCUAAGCAUGUUGGCUACAAUUACACGUUGGAGAUAGUGAGAGAUGGGAAGUAUGGAGCCCGGGACCCUGACUCUAAAACAUGGAAUGGCAUGGUGGGAGAACUGGUGUAUGGAAGAGCUGAUGUUGCUGUUGCACCACUGACCAUCACCCUUGUUCGAGAAGAAGUUAUCGACUUUUCCAAACCGUUUAUGAGCCUAGGCAUCUCCAUCAUGAUAAAGAAACCUCAGAAAUCCAAGCCUGGGGUGUUUUCCUUUCUGGAUCCCUUGGCUUAUGAGAUCUGGAUGUGCAUCGUCUUUGCCUACAUCGGAGUCAGCGUUGUCCUCUUCCUGGUCAGCCGCUUCAGCCCGUACGAGUGGCACACCGAGGAAUUUGAAGAAGGGCGCGACCAGCCAGUCGCUGAUCAGACUAAUGAAUUUGGGAUAUUUAACAGUCUCUGGUUCUCCUUGGGAGCCUUUAUGCAGCAAGGAUGUGAUAUUUCACCAAGAUCUCUCUCUGGCCGCAUUGUGGGUGGCGUCUGGUGGUUCUUCACCCUGAUCAUCAUCUCCUCCUACACGGCUAACCUAGCUGCCUUCCUGACGGUCGAAAGGAUGGUGUCACCAAUCGAGAGUGCAGAGGACCUGGCCAAGCAGACAGAGAUCGCCUACGGGACCCUGGAAGCUGGGUCAACUAAAGAAUUUUUUAGGCGCUCUAAAAUAGCAGUGUUUGAGAAGAUGUGGACAUACAUGAAAUCGGCCGAGCCCUCCGUUUUUGUGAGGACCACAGAAGAGGGCAUGAUCCGGGUGAGAAAGUCGAAAGGGAAGUAUGCCUACCUUCUGGAGUCGACGAUGAACGAGUACAUCGAGCAGCGGAAGCCGUGCGACACAAUGAAGGUGGGAGGUAACUUGGAUUCCAAAGGCUAUGGCAUUGCAACGCCAAAGGGGUCUGCACUGAGAGGUCCCGUAAACCUAGCGGUUUUGAAACUCAGUGAGCAAGGCGUCUUAGACAAGCUGAAAAGCAAAUGGUGGUACGAUAAAGGGGAGUGUGGAAGCAAAGACUCCGGAAGUAAGGACAAGACGAGCGCUUUGAGUCUCAGCAACGUGGCGGGCGUUUUCUAUAUCCUCAUCGGUGGGCUCGGACUGGCCAUGCUGGUUGCCUUAAUCGAGUUUUGUUACAAGUCCAGGAGUGAAUCCAAACGGAUGAAGGGUUUUUGUUUGAUCCCACAGCAAUCGAUUAAUGAAGCCAUAAGGACAUCGACACUUCCCAGACCGGCCACAGCAGGAGCCAGCGGAGAGAACGGACGGGUGGUCAGCCACGAUUUCCCCAAAUCCAUGCAGACAAUUCCGUGCAUGAGUCACAGCACCGGGAUGCCCCUGGGAGCCACAGGAUUAUAA